CUUAUCAUUCUUUUUAUUUCGCAGCUGAAUGCUAAAAAUGUAUUUAGCGCUUAUGUCUUAUUAAGUAUGAAGUAAAUAAAAGUAUCCUGGCAGCGGUGGGAUUCGAACCCACGCCAUCGAAAUGACUGGAGCCUAAAUCCAGCGCCUUAGACCACUCGGCCACGCUACCGAUACAUCUGCACUGCAGGAGGAAAUUGUGCUGGUGUUUUUACUGUUUGGGGACUUUUUGUGAAUGAAACUCGCCCACAAACGGAGAGGAACUUGGAUCCUUAUAUGCCUCGAAGGCAGCAGGAUGCAGGGGCGUGGCUGACGUCAGAGCUGUCAGUGUUGUACGUGCGGAGCGCUCACGUCGCCGUGGUGGACGGUAACCACAUCCCGCUACAGUUGCCAGGCACGUCCCCGGACCUUCAGGGCAGGUUGGAGAACCAGGACCGACCCAGUCUGGUCUGGGAGGAGACAGUUGAAACUGCAGCUGCUGCAUUUUCUACUUGUUUAACUUCAAAACUGAAACUGUGAGACGGAAGAAGACCGAGGUGACUUAAGUGAAACCGUCACAGUCUGUCAAGAUAAAGUCAUUAAAGGUGUGUCUGUGCCCCCGGGUGUAAGCACAACAGCAGCCAUCAUGGAGGACGACCUGAUGUUCGCCAUGGAGGAGGAGGGCAGCGCCCAGAGACCCCCCGUCCAACGUAGCGUCCCCGGCAAGAGGACAUCCUCCCUCAGCGACGCCAACGCCAGUGAUGACGACGACGACGACGACAACUUCAUCUGCUCCAUCCUAGAUGACUCCGCCAAAGAAAUCUGUCACUACAUGAAGAAUCUGGUUUACAGCCGUCAGCUGUCGAGCUCUCUUCCUAAGAGCAACUUUGCGUACAAGAAUGAAACAGAAACAGAAAAAGUGGCAGAACCUCGGUCGUACAGGGUUUUGUCUGAGAGCGCACGGGAGACAUGGAAACAUGCGAUCCGAAAGGCCAAAGCCAUGCCCGACCCCUGGGCAGAGUUCCACCUGGAGGAAAUAGAGACUGAACCCUGUAUACGCUACAGGUAUAACGCCAUCACAGGAGAAUGGGCUCAAGACCAGAUCCACAUCAAGAUGGCCGCCCAGCCGUUUGGGAAAGGAGCCAUGAGGGAGUGCUUCAGAACGAAGAAGUUGUCUAAUUUCUCACACAGCAGCAACUGGAAGUUGGCGUCUAACUAUGUGGCCAAGCGUUACAUGGAGACGGUGGACAGAAGUGUUUACCUGGAAGACGUCAGGCUGCAGAUGGAGGCCAAACUGUGGGGAGAGGAGUAUAACCGCCACAGGCCUCCUAAACAGGUUGACAUCAUGCAGAUGUGUGUGGUGGAGAUGAUGAACCGGCCAGGUAAACCUCUCUUCCACCUGGAACAUUACAUCGAGGGCAAGUACAUCAAAUACAACUCCAACUCUGGCUUCGUGAGGGACGACAACCUCAGACUCACUCCACAGGCCUUCAGUCACUUCACCUUUGAACGGUCGGGCCACCAACUGAUUGUGGUGGACAUCCAGGGGGUCGGAGACCUCUACACCGACCCUCAGAUCCACACAGACAAGGGCACUGACUUCGGAGAUGGAAAUCUGGGUGUGCGAGGCAUGGCGCUGUUCUUCCACUCUCACCUGUGUAACAAGAUCUGCAAGAGUAUGGGUCUGACGCCUUUUGACCUGUCCCCUGCAGAGAAAUCCCAGCUGGACGGCACCAACAAACUACUUAAGUCAGCUCAGACAGUGCUGAGGGGUUGCGAGGAGCAAUGCGGUUCUCCUCGCGUUCGCACCAUGUCCGGAAGCCGGGCGCCUCCACUGUUAUCCCGCCUGUCUGAGACUUCAUCUGCAGACGAAAGCAUGAGCGACGUGGACUCGAUCCCCUGCUCACCUCUCAUCUUCCCCUGCUCCCCGCUAGCUGCACAUGGAUCUAUUGGCAAGUCCCCUGUCGGCUUAUCUUUUACUGGAUCGUACGAAAAUGAUAGACUCAACAAUAACAACACAGGUGACCACAAGGAACCGGAUAGUGGCGGAGACAGCGGCUACCCCAGCGAGAGGAGGAGUGAAGGGGACCCGAAUGACCACGUGGAUGGGAGGAAGAUGGUAAUUCCUCCAAGAGUCUCCGAAAAUGUAUAUUCUGUCACUCCUGACCACGAAUGGCUGUCAGAAGAGAAGUGGAGCUUCUACCAUUCAUCUCGCGCUCACAUCCACCGACCUUCCUGUGUGGCCACUGAGGUGGAGCGACUCAACGCUCUGAUGCAGAAGAAGAUCGGCCAGUCAGUCCUCGGAAAGGUCCAUCUGGCGAUGGUGCGGUACCAUGAAGCGGGCCGUUUCUGUGAGAGGAAUGAACAGUGGGAUCAGGACUCAGCCAUGUUGCACCUGGAGAGAGCCGCCCAGUGUGGAGAGCUGGAAGCCAUCGUAGCCUUGGGACAAUGCUAUCUGCAGCUGCCUCAUCACAUCCUGCCAGACAUGGAGGUGGAGGAUAAUGCAGGAAGCAGGAUGAAAGGUUUCAAGUAUCUGCUGCAGGCUGCUGAAGCUGGUGACAGAUCUUCUAUGACCACAGUGGCCAAAGCCUUUGAUUCUGGAUUAAAUCUGCCAGCUGGCAGGAAGCAGGACUGGGAAGAAGCGAUACACUGGUAUGACAGUGUGUUGAACAUGACAGACUAUGAUGAGGGGGGAGAGUUUGAUGGGACCCAGGACGAGCCUCGCUACCAGCUGCUGGCCAGAGAGGCGGAGAUGUACCAAGAAGGAGGCUUCAACCUCACUCCAGACCCACAGAAAGCAGGUGAACUGUUUACAGAGGCAGCAGAAGCUGCCAUGGCAGCCAUGAAAGGCCGGUUGGCUAGCAAGUACUUCAUGAAAGCUGAAGAGGCCUGGGCCCUGAUGGAGGAGUAAUUGUGGACACAUUUUUUUUUUAAUGACAAAAAGGCCAGAGGAGUUAUGUGUCAGCCAGGCUGGUUUUACACAGUCGUGAUACAGCCUGAAUGGUUACAGUUUACAUAUUUUUUAUUACAGAAUUUUUUCGCUAAUGGUGCUUUGUGUGUUCAGACUUCGAGGAUCAGACUUACAUCUCCAGUUUUCUGUUCUUCCUUGUCUUGGUUUGUGAAACUCUCUUGACUCCUGUUUUCUUUAAUUUCCCCGGUCUCUGUUUAUCUUUUGGUUAAGUGAAUGCAGUUGCGUGAAAGAGAAGGUCUGAAGAAUUUAGAAUAACAAAAGUGGCUCACUUACUUUGCCCCUAACAUGAACUCACUUAUAUUGGAAGAAUGUAUGUUAAAUGCUUGGAGUUUAAAUCUGUAAAAAAUAAAGUUUGCAUUGCUUUUUA